CGUGCCUUAAUCUAUCCCUAGAUAGGCGGGGCUUCCGAGCCGUUGCGCCUCCUGAUUGGGCAGUGCCGAGGUUCUCCGGGUUCGCCAAGAUGGCGGCGCCCAGCAACCAUUUGAACUGUGAGGACUUCGCUGAAUUCCAGGAGCUGCUCAGGGUGAUGAGAACCAUCGACGACAGAAUAGUUCAUGAAUUAAACACAACUGUUCCAACCGCUUCUUUUGCGGGAAAAGUUGACGCUAGCCAAACUUGUAAGGAGCUUCAUCAGUCUUUGACGGAGGCUCACGCGAGUCGAGAACGACUCAUCAAGAACUGCAUUGCUCAAACGUCUAGCGUAGUAAAAACUCUCCAGGAAGAGAGGAAGGCGUCUCUGGAGGACUUAGCCUUAUUAAAGAAGCUCAGGAAAGAGCAGACAAAAGUGAGUGGAAGAGUUCCAUGGCUUUAUUUUUGAAUGUUGCAUGU